GAGGCAGGGCUUUGCUGGUUACAGACCCCCCCCCAUGUGCUCUCAGAGCCCCCCAGGUGUGGCACAAAGGGUUUGCCCCAGGCCUGGGCUCUGCUGGGUGUGUUUCCAUCCUGCACCCAGAUAACUCCAAUGUGCAGCUCUGCAUGCAGGAGAUAAUUUGGAUACACCUCUGUGGUGUGUGGGAGGAGAUCCCUGCGCUGCUCUUGGCUGCCUUUUAUAUCAGGAAAGGGGGGGAGGAAGGCCGUGUUUUCUUCUGAGUGCCAAACUGCUGAAAAGGCUCGUUUGUUUUAAAGGGAGUGGAAAAGCCCUUUGGAAAGGAGAGCUGUGUGUGGGAAGCCAGCAGUGCCAUGCUGGAGUGCCCCAGGAGGGCUGUGCACGGAGCAGAGCACGAUGCCUUUCCUGCACGGAUUCCGCAGGAUCAUCUUUGAGUACCAGCCCCUCGUGGAUGAGCUCCUGGGGCUGCUGGUGAUGCCGGACAGGGAAAGGCAGAGCUCCCUGGAGAGCCCUGCCUGUCUGGGCAGUGACAGGAGCCAGCUCUCGGCUGUGAGACGAGUCCUGGAGAGGGAGACCCACUCCCCGUUUUAUCAGGAAGGUGUGAGCUAUGCCCUGCUGAAGGUCACCGAGCUGGGGCUCGUCCCUGCUGCAGAAAUCCUCCUGGAAUUUGGUGCUGACCUCAGCUUUGAAGAUCCCGUCACCUACUACACCCCCCUGCACAUCGCGGUGCUGCGCAACCAGCCGGACAUGGUGGAGCUCCUGGUGCACCACGGCGCCGACAUCAACCGGAGAGACCGGAUCCAUGAGAGCAGUCCCCUGGACCUGGCCAGCGAGGAGCCCGAGCGGUUGCCGUGCCUGCGGCGGCUGCUGCAGCUGGGGGCCGAUGUCAAUGCUGCUGACAAAAACGGGAAGACAGCGCUGCUGCACGCCCUGGCCAGCAGUGAUGGUGUCCAGAUCCACAACACCGAGAGCAUCCGGCUCCUGCUGGAAGGAGGCGCGGACGUCAGGGCCACCACCAAAGAUGGUGACACUGUCUUCACCUCCAUCAUCUUCCUGCUGGGGGAGAUGGCGUGCAGCAACACCGAGGAGGCCCAGGUCAUCAACCGCUUCUGCUUCCGCGUCACGCAGCUGCUGCUGGCCCACGGUGCCAACCCCAGCGAGUGCCCGGCCCCCGAGUCCCUCACCCACCUCUGCUUCAAGAGCUUCAAAUGCCACUUCCCGCUGCUGCGGUUCCUGCUGGAGUCAGGAGCUGCCUACAACUGCUCCCUCCACGGUCCCUCAUGCUGGUCAGGCUUCCACAUCGUCUUCGAGUGCCUCUGCUCGCACCUCAGUGUCUCUGAAGAUGACAGCUUCUCCACAGACCUCAUCCAGAAGGGCCAGACUCUGCUGGAGCUCAUGAUGGCCAGCUCACAAGCCAUCCAGCUGCCCAGCAAUUUCGAGGUCAACACCAGCAGCUGUAGGUACCACGGGGAGAAGGUCAGGACUCUGUUCUGCUCUCUGAAGCAGCUGGAGCGCUCGCCACAAGCACUGAAACAUCUCUGCAGGGUGUUCAUCCGGCAGCGCCUUAAACCGUGGCCAGUAGAUGUCAAAAUCAAGGCUCUACCUCUCCCAGACAGGCUGAAGUGGUACCUCCUCAUCGACCACGCUGCUGCCGGGCACGAGGACCUCUGAGCCUGACAGUGCCUCUAUGUCUCCUCCCUCCACUGUCCUGCUGUGCCUGCAGCCUCUACAUCUCUGCUCUGGACAGUUUUACUCACAGCAAAGAGGUGCUGCUGUCCAUGUGCCCAUGGUUUGGCCAGUGCUGCCCACGGAGCCCCUCUCUGUGGCAUUCUGGGCACAAUAUCACACGUGUGUCUGUGGAGGUCUCGUCGCUCUGGUGCACAUCAUGGGGGGGGUGGGAAGAGCUCUGUGGGUCUUUGGGGUGGAGAGAGCUCCUGGGCACUGGGGAGCCAGAUACUGGGGCAGAGGGCUGGUUUUGGGGGAGGUUAAGCAAAAGCCUGGGGGCAGGACCAGUGUGUUGGGUGCUGUGUCUGGACAGGCAGCGUGUCCCCUCUCUCCCAGUGCUGCCAUGGGUGGGUGACACAGUGCCUUAGGUGUCUGGUGGAGUUGUGCCUCGGGGUGCUGGGAGAAGGAGAGCACUGGCAGCACUCUCCUGGCUUCCUGCCUCCAGUCCUGGUGGUGGAGGCAGGUCCAGCAUCACCCUGUGGGUGUGGAUGCCUUCCUUGCUCAAUCUGGGCUUCUGAAUCCAGGGAUGGGAGUGAGGGGAAGCAGGGCUGGCAGCGGUGGCCAACUGCUGCACACCCUCUGUGUUUCUGCACCCCAUCCUGGCACAGAGGACCAUUCACCAGGCAUGUCUUGGAGGUGCUGGGCUCCAGAACAGACAAAUGGAUGCUUCUUGGCUUUGUGGUGUGUUCCCUGUGCAAAGACAAGGAACAGACAGCUAACUGCUGAGUGCCUUGUGCCUCCCUCCCUGUUCCUUGUUUUUUUUCCUUGCUGACUGCUCCCAGGUCCUCAUUCUCCAGUGCCUCCUUCCCAGGAACACAGAAUUGCAGCAGGACUCUAGGGUUUUCUUUUCAACCUGCUACUGGAACCUGCAAACUCUGGGGCUGCACCUGGAGGGUUUGAGUCCCAGCCUUGCCACCUGGCUCCCUCCUCCUUCUAAGCAUCUGCUUUUUUGUGACAUGCCAAAGACUGGCUGCAGAGCUGAGCCCCACACAGUUUUGUUUUGGUUUUUUGUUUGUCGUGGGGAACAGAUCCUGAAGAGGAUGAAAAGAGGAAAAAUCUGUUCUGAUUAGGGACAGUUUACAGCAGGUGGAUCUGGGAUUCCCUGGCAGUUUGGCAGCAGAAGGGUUGUCUCCCCCAUCAGCCUCCUGGCAGCAUCUGAGUUUUACCCUCUCCCGCCCCGUGGAACUGGAGCUGUGUGUCCUGAUGACCUGGUGUUUAAAAAAAACCCAGUAAUGUGAUCAAAUUCUGCCCUGGUGUCUGGAAUGGGAACUGAGCAAUUAAACAAGGCCUUUUGUAAUAAUGA